GUAUUAUAAAGUAUUAAUUAUCUAUCCAUCUGCUGGUGAUGCCUAAACAUAACUGGAGACAAACUUAUAAACCUCCUCCCCUGAGGAAAUUGAUGAAUUUUGAUAACGAAGGUGACAUUCCAAUGAAUGAUAUGAGAUUGCAAAUUAGGACAAAUGCAUAUAAUUCUCGUGAAGUUUUAUUAGGCAGAAAUAAACAAAAUCCUAGUACUAAUUUUAAAAAAUAUUCGAAUAAAUCGAAAACUGUUAAUCAAAAUAAUGAUUCUAAUUGGUACAAGAUGAUUGUUCCCUAUGGUAAUAAAAUGGGCAAGGAAUAUUUAGUAAAUAUUUUUCAACAACACAUUUCACAAUCAUUAAAUCCUGUGAAUGCCUGCAUACAAGGAAAUGCAUUUGUAUUCUGGACUAACAAUAUUGAAACAUAUAAACAAUUAAUUAAUAUCUCAUUAAAAUUGAAAUCACCUGAUGGAUUUAAAAUAAAAAUACUGGGGGUUAAAGAUAGAGCACCAAAUCCACCCGAAUUAGAUGCCAAUUAUGCGGAAAAGUUAAGGAAUGUUAUGAGCAUACGUUAUAAUAUUGACCUAAAAAUGUUAAAUUUAUCCAAUUUUGCAAAUGAUUCAAAUUUAAAAUCUCAAUCAAUUUAUCUGCCAUUAUUUCGACCUAAUGUUUUGAAAGCAGUUAUAAAUAUCAUUCAAAAGCAUGUUCCUGAUGUGGAAUUUAUUGAUCUUAGCAGCAACAAAAUUUCAUAUUUAUAUCAUCUGAUUCCAUUAUCAUCAGCAAUUAAAAACAUUUAUCACCUAUCCUUAGCAAACAAUCAAAUUAAAAGUGAAAGUGAGCUAAUUAAGAUUCGGCAAUUCCCUCUCAGAAAGUUAACGUUGUCUGGUAAUCCACUUGUCAAAUAUUAUGCAGACACUGAUGCCUAUAUAAGUGCUAUUCGCAAGAUUUUUCCUGAACUAGAGAUUUUGGAUGAAAUGGAAUUACCCAAGAUCAUUAAAUUUGAUUUGGAAAACUCCUUGACUCUGCCUUUUAUACGACCGUCCUAUUAUGUGAAUGAUGAAAUUAAAACUCUAAUUCAAAGAUUUCUUCAUCAAUAUUUUACUUUGUAUGAUUCAAAAAAUCGUAUUGAACUUUGUCACGCCUAUGAUGAAAAUGCAUAUUUUUCUCUAAGCAGUGGGGGCACCUCCGCAUCAUUCCUUAACAAAAAACAUUCCGAUAUCAAAACUUAUCUGGUAGGAAGUCGAAAUUUGGAAAGAAUCAAAGACAAAGAUCGAAGGAGAAAAUAUAUGCAUCAAGGAUGCGACAAAAUAGCUUCAUUUUUGAAUCUUUUACCAGAUACCAUACACGACUAUCCCUCUUUCGUUGUCGAUGUUGUCUUAUAUACGAAUACCCUUUUGGUUUUUUCGCUUACUGGAUUCUUCAAGGACUCAGCUAAACGAGAAUUCGAAACUGGUCUUAUACGUUAUUUUUCUCGAACAUUUUAUACCAUCCCAUUUGGCCAAGGCAUUAAGAUUAUCAAUGACAUGCUAUACAUAAUGCCACCAGCGCAAGAUAUGAUCAAAAAAGCUUUCGUAAACAAUAUUUCAACAUCAACUAGUCAAAAUUCAUCAAUUUUUUUAGAAAAUCAUAUCAAUCAGCCUUCUCACAAUCCUUACAUCAUGCCUAGAGACAACCUUCAAAUUCCACAGAUUAAUAUCAAUAACACAAAUAGGAUUAAUCAGACAAUUUUAGAUACUGAACCUUCACCAUCCCACAAAAAUCAAUUCUCUAUUCAUAAUGAACAACAAACCAGAAUGCUCACUGCUUUUGCUUCAGAAACUGGCAUGAAUUUGGCUUGGGCUCAAAAAUGCUUGAUCGACAAUGAGGGCAAUUAUGUUGAAGCAAUGACCAAUUUUAAUAAAUGCAAAGCGGAAGGAAUUAUUCCACCAGAAGCCUUUUCUUGAUGAUGACUUAGGCGUAAACAAUAAAAUAAAAAAAAAUUUGUUUAUGCUACUUUAUUAUUAUUACAUUUGUAAUAAUAUAUUUCUAUAAAUAAAUAAACGUAUGCUUAUUAUUUAGUCGUAGAAUUA